CUUUGUCUCCUCCGGGCUUCCGUCGCAUUUGGAGCAAAGUCUCCAGAUUAGCCGCAAAUCUCUCCUGUUCCGCCUGCGCCCGUCAGUUCCAGGCCCGGAUUCGGUGGUAUCGUCGCUGCGCCGCCUUGGCUCGUGCUGCAUGUAACACAGCAGAGCGCAGUUCAGCUGGAGUUGCCGGGGUGUUUCCUGUACUGGAGCUAAUCCGCUAGCAUUAGCCUCUGCCGUCAUGUCGUACAGGAGAGGGUUGAGGCUCGUGUGCGCGAUCGCCGGGGGCUCGGCCGUCCUGCUCGUGUCGGCGGGUGUCGCUGACUCCCGCGGGUGUUUCGGAGAGGCGACCCCGCGACUGUGGCCGAGACUGGCCGUCCUGAAAGCGGCCACACCGGCUUGGACCGCGGCGAGUCACACGCCGUCCCCGAGCGGAUCAUCGUGGGACUUCAACUGGGACAAGAGAGACCCGUCCAGCCUGAUCAACGGCAAGAAGAAGGAGAGCUCCGGCGAGGACCCCAGCGCCGAGCAGGACAACGGCAAACCCAAGGCCACUCGCCACAUCCUGCUCAUCCGACACUCGCAGUACAAGCUGAGCGGCAGCAGCGACAAGGAGCGCAUCCUGACGCCACUAGGCCGGGAGCAGGCCGAGCUGACGGGUCAACGCUUGGCGUCGCUGGGGCUCAAGUACGACAUCCUGAUCCACUCCAGCAUGGCCAGAGCCACGGAGACGGCCGGCAUCAUCAGCAAACACCUUCCAGGUGGGUGGCCUCCACGACAAGCCGCUGUUAUGUUACGGUCCUCUGACUGUUGCUGGCUCUCAGGUGUGGAGCUGGUGGGCUGCGACCUGCUCCGGGAGGGGGCGCCCAUCGAGCCUGUGCCUCCAGUCACACACUGGAAGCCCGAUGCUGUGCAGUACCACGAGGACGGCGCCCGCAUUGAGGCCGCUUUCCGCCGCUACAUCCACCGUGCCGACCCCAAGCAGAAGGAGGACAGCUACGAGAUCAUCGUCUGCCACGCCAACGUCAUCCGCUACUUCGUCUGCAGGGCUCUGCAGUUUCCCCCAGAAGGCUGGUUGCGGAUGGGCCUGAACAACGGCAGCAUCACGUGGCUCACCAUCCGCCCCAGCGGCCGCGUCGCCCUCAGAACUCUGGGGGAGGCAGGUUUCAUGCCCCCGGACAAACUAACACGGACCUGAUGGCUCUGACUCAGACCUCCAGGACUCUCCUUAAGUGUCUUGUUUCUGAAGAUCUCCUCCACCAUCUUGAGAGACUUGGCCCCGCGAUGGCAGAAAACAACUUUGCUGCAGCUCCUGAAUGUACCUGAGGAUUUUUACUAUUUUUCUUUUUUAAAAAACCAAAACAUCAAACGUUUGAUGUCAAAUGCAGUCAGUGGAGUCUCGUGGUGCAGUGAAUAAAUGUGGGAAAACAAUGUGCAGCUUUUGAUUUCUGAAACCCACCAAGCAUUAAAGAAUAUGAUAUGAUGAGGAUACUGCGGCCAUGACAGCGGGAAGAAGAACAGAGUGCUUUGAACCAUGGACGGAUGCCGACACCUUCAGUCUGUGGCCUUCAAUGAGCAGCACAGACCCUGACGGACAAUAGCUCCUCCUUCACAUGCAUCAAUAACCUCAUCCCUACUUACCCUCAUGCAGUGAAUGGUGUUG